AUGCCAGUUCGUAAGCAAGAGGCCCAUCGAGCUUUAGAACUGCUGGAAGAUUACCACUGUAAGCUGGUGAAACCCCAGGAUAGGCAACUGCGGCUCGCCAUCGAGAGGGUUAUCAGAAUAUUCAAGUCCAGACUCUUUCAAGCACUUUUAGGAAUGAAGUUGAUUGCGGAAGAUAAGAAUGGGGCUAUGCCUAUUGGAACAAUGGAAAUAACUCCACCGAUAACAGUAUCAUUCUUAAAAUAUGGAAAUAUCAAUAGAGUCAACGAAGUCCGUUUACAACUGUCACCCACAUUAACUUAG